AUGGGGAAGGACAGAAGAAGGAAGCAAACGGACAGGAAAAGCCAAAAAGAAGACAAACCGUCCUUUCGUGAGCAAAAACACAAGGGUGAUGCUCAAAGUCAGCAAAGUGGCAGAUCACUGUUGGCCGCGGAGGGAGCAGCCUCUGCUGUUAGUGUUCAUGAAGGGAAAAGCAAGGAAGAGUUGAAAAAGGGAAUUGGAGAGCAGGAGCUCGAUGAUCAUGACUCGAGCUCGGAAACAAUGAUGAAUCAGACUCAGAGACGAUAUUCACGUCGCAAGAUAGUCAGCAAUUGGGAAAGAUAUGACAAACCGUUGGGCGAUGAAGAGGACACUGCUAGUUUAGCAUCAGAAACAUCAAAACUAAAGCUUGAACUAGCAGGUACACCUGUAGCUAACACACCAGUGCUAGUACAUAAAAUUUCAACUGAUAUAAUUUGUCUAGCAACAACUCAAUCAGCAGACCAAUUUGCCUUUCACAGGGAAAGUUUAUGGAACUCACUAGAAAAUAAUCAGGAGACUGUCAGUCCUUUCGUGUGUGUGGACUGUGACAAGCUGGCUGCAUCCAUUCGAUCUGUUCCAAUCACUCAACGACUUGGUUUGCCUACAGAUUCAUUUGAUCCUUCCACAUUGAAAGCAAUUGAAAGCCAACCUUCACAGUUAGUACCAAAUGAACCGUUACGUCACAAGCAACCUCUUCCUAAAGAAUAUGAAUUGGAAUACUUGAAGCAAUACUUUGGUCGUGAGCAAUUACAAGCAAAUGAACAAAAAGAUCAUCAGAAUUUGGACAAUACCUUGCAACAAAACCAAAUAUCACCGCAAAUCACCCAACAACAGUCAGUCCAACUCACAAAUGAUGCUGUAGACUGUAACCAUGACACAGCAACAAUACAGAAGGCCGAGUUGGACCAACCUGCAUGGCACCAUAAUGAAGACACCAAUCUUAAACCGACUGGUAGUGACAAACCACUCGAACAAGAUGACAGCAUUAGAAUUCAUCAAGCACCUUUAUUAGAAGUACAUAUCAAUGAAGACAGUACACAAAUGUGCAAAAGUAAUGAAACUCAAGAGUUAGAAGAUUGGCUUGAAUCUGUAUUAGAUUAA